UAUAACAACUCAUCUUUCAUUCUCUUAUUUUUCUUAGAGAGAGAGAGAGAGAGAAAUUAAAGGAGAAGAAAAUUAGUAUAGUGGGGAAGGCUGCUUGGGACUUCACUCUUGCAUACUAUACUCCAAAAUUAUUUAAGUGGCAUUAAUGGGAUUUCAUCUCUUGUGGGUUGGCUUCUUCCUUUGCUGUGAGUUUUGGGUUCUUUCCUUGAGUGAUCAAGAUGGUUUCAUAAGCUUAUCUUGUGGAGCAACUACCACCUUCACUGACUCCUCCAACAUUUUAUGGAUUCCGGACGUCGACUACAUCAGCUCGGGUAACACUUCAAUCAUUGACAAUGGCAAAGCUGGAUCCUUUUCCAGUGACCAUGUUCGGUUCUUCCCCAUCCCUCGGGCUCGAAAUUGUUACAAGCUACCACUUAAAAAUGGCUCCUCAUCAGUUCUCAUUAGAGCUAAGUUUGUGUACAAAAACUAUGACAAGGUUGAGAAGCCCCCUGCAUUCUUUGUUUCUCUUGGGACAGCCAUAACUACCAUUGUGAACCUUACUUUUCAUGACCCUUGGACUGAAGAGUUUGUUUGGCCAGUAGUUAACAAGGAAACUGUCUCCUUUUGUUUACACUCCAUUCCUCAUGGUGGUAGCCCUUUGAUAUCUUCCAUUGAACUUCGGCCCCUACCGCAAGGAGCUUACGAAGAUGAUGGCUUGCUUCAGAGUCAGGCUCUAAGAAAGUUGUAUCGAAUCAAUUGCGGUUACACCAAUGGAUCUCUCAGGUACCCGAUCGAUCCAUACGAUCGAAUAUGGGGCACAGACCGGAACUUCAAGCCAUUUCAUGUGUCAUCGGGGUUCAAAGUUGAGGCCAACUUCGAUGUGAUAGAAGUGAAGGAAGCUCCACCAGCUGCAGUUGUUGAAACAGCAAGAGUUUUGACAAGAAGAAAAGAGCUAAGCUACAACCUUCCACUUGAAAAGGAAGAAGGAGAUUACUAUGUGAUUCUUUACUUUGGUGGGAUUCUUGCUGUUCAUCCUUCAUUUGAUGUGCUGAUCAAUGGGAGAGUUAUUGAAUCAAAUUACACUUUUGAAAAGGGAGAGAUUAGGGCUUUGUAUAUCAUUCAACACCAAAUCAAGAACUUGAUUAUCACUCUCAAGAGUGUUAAAUUCUAUCCUCAAAUCAAUGCUAUUGAGGUCUAUCAGAUUGUUCAUGUUCCUUUGGAAGCUUCAUCAACCACAGUUUCAGCCCUUGAGGUGAUUAAUCAAUCUAUUGGUUUGAAUUUGGAAUGGGAAGAUGAUCCAUGUUCUCCAAGAACUUGGGAUCAUGUUGGAUGUGAAGGAAACCUUGUUACAUCUCUAGAGCUUUCCAACAUCAACUUGAGGACGAUCAGCCCGACGUUUGGCGACAUUCUCGAUCUCAAAAUACUGGAUCUGCACAACACUUCCCUUUCGGGAGAAAUACAAAAUUUGGGCAGUCUGACUCAUCUUGAGAAUUUGAACUUGAGUUUCAACAAGCUAACUUCAUUUGGGUCUGAUUUGAAGAAUCUCAGCAACCUCAAAUUUCUGGACCUGCAGAACAAUAGUCUUCAGGGAAUUGUUCCAGAUGGCUUGGGAGAACUUGAAGAUCUUCAAUUAUUGAAUUUGGAGAACAAUAGGCUGGAAGGCACCCUCCCAUUGUCUUUGAACAAAGGAAGUCUUGAAAUUAGAACAAUAGGAAACCCUUGUUUGUCAUUCUCCACAAUGACAUGCAAUGAUGUGUCAUCAAAUAAUAAUAAUCCAGCCAUUGAAACACCACAAGUCACAAUUGUUCCUGAGAAGAAGAAGAAGAAGGAGGAGAUGAGCAGUCAUAAUAAUAAUUAUCAUUUGCCUAUCAUUAUUAUUAUUGUUUCUGCACUUGCUGCUGCUUUAUUAGUUCUCAUCACUCUCUCCCUUUCACUUUUACUCUACAUGAGGAAUAUCCACUCUCAAAAACACACAGCAUCUCAACUCACAUACUCAACAAAAGCAGCAAUGGAGCUAAGGAAUUGGAACAGCGCAAAAAUAUUCUCCUACAAGGAGAUAAAAUCAGCUACAAACAACUUCAAGGAAGUGAUUGGAAGAGGAAGCUUUGGAUCUGUUUAUCUUGGAAAGCUUCCCGACGGUAAACUUGUGGCUGUCAAAGUAAGGUUUGACAAAACCCAACUUGGGACUGAGUCCUUUAUCAAUGAGGUUCAUCUCUUGUCUCAAAUUCGUCAUCAAAAUCUAGUUUGUUUGGAAGGAUUUUGUAACGAAUCGAAACGACAAAUACUUGUUUAUGAGUAUUUACCUGGUGGAUCCUUGGCUGAUCACAUUUAUGGCAAGAACAAAAAAAUCGUUUCACUUAGUUGGAUUAGAAGACUUAAAGUUGCUGUUGAUGCAGCAAAAGGGUUGGACUAUUUACACAAUGGAAGUGAGCCAAGAAUAAUCCAUAGAGAUGUGAAGUGUAGUAACAUUCUUUUGGAUAUGGAAAUGAAUGCAAAAGUUUGUGAUUUUGGGCUUUCCAAGCAAAUUUCACAUCCUGAUGCCACUCAUGUCACCACUGUUGUCAAAGGCACUGCUGGCUAUUUGGAUCCUGAGUACUAUUCCACACAACAAUUAACCGAAAAGAGUGAUGUGUAUAGUUUUGGAGUUGUAUUGUUAGAGUUGAUUUGUGGAAGAGAGCCCUUGAGUCGCACAGGAACUCCAGAUUCAUUCAACUUGGUGCUGUGGGCAAAACCGUACUUACAAGCAGGUGGAUUUGAGAUAGUAGAUGAAAAUUUGAGAGGAAGUUUUGACGUUGAAAGCAUGAAAAAGGCAGCUCUUGUUGCUAUAAGAUGUGUGGAAAGAGAUGCUUCUCAAAGGCCUAAUAUUGGACAGGUUUUGGCUGACCUAAAACAAGCUUAUGAUGCUCAACUUGCAUAUCUUUCUACUUUUGACCAUUGACAUCAUUUAUUUUAAUUAGAGACAUUAAUACUAAGGAAUAUAUAUAUAAUCUAUAUCUAUUAUUGUCUAGUUAUUCAUAUUUAUAUUAUAAACUUGUAUGAGAUAAUUUUUUUCUUCUCACACAUGUAUAAUAAGAUAUAGUUGUCUUAUGAGAGAGGGUUAAUUGUUAUGAAUGAGGGACAAAAGUAAAUGCUAUAUGUUAAAGUUCUUCCAUGGAUCGGACUCGUUUGUGAAGAGAAAAUUUGAAUGGGACACUCUUUUUUUAAAACAAAUUAUAUGUAAAUUAUAUGCAUUUUUAUGAGAAUAUGAUUGUUGUUCCAAUUUAUUUA